AUGGCGAAGCUUCUCGCUGCGCUUGCAGCAGCACUAGUAGUAGUUCUGCUCGCAUGCUGCUCUUGCGUGGUGCGAGGUGGCGAAUCGCAGGAAGUGAGGGAGUCCCUCGUCAACUUCCUGACCGCGCUCGCCGGGGGCGACGGGCAGGCGGCGCUCAGGCUGGGGUGGGACGCGUCGGUCGACCCGUGCGGCGGCACCACCUCGUGGGGCGGCACCGUCAGGUGCUUCGAGAACAAAAGCGAAAACUUCGGGAAGAUCAAGAAGAUCCUGCUGGAAGGCAGGGGCCUGAGCGGGACCAUCGACGCCGCCCUGCUCUGCGCCGCGCCGGCGGUCCGCGUUGUGAACCUGCUGGGCAACAGCCUGCGCGGCGGCCUCCCCGCGGGCAUCUCCGCGUGCUUGGGCCUCACCCAGCUGCUUGUCAGCGGGAACCAGCUCUCCGGCAGCUUGCCGACCUCCCUCGCCCAGCUCGGGCAGCUCGAGGUUCUGGACGUCUCCGGAAACAACUUCUCCGGCGAGAUCCCCGCCGGCCUCAGCAAGCUUGGCAAGCUAGUGAGGUUCAUGGCGAACGACAACCAUUUUAACGGCACCAUCCCGGAGUUCAACCUCGACGGAUUCCAAAACUUCACCGUGUCGAACAACAACCUCACCGGGCCAAUUCCCAAGAACGCUGAAAGAUUCGGCAAUGCGAGCUUCUGGCCUAACGCCGCCGGCAUGUGCGGCGGGCCCUUCUUCGAUCCGUGCCAGCAGUCCCCUUCGGGGGAGGGCAGGCACAAGAAAAGAACUGUGCCUAAGAUCGUCAUGUACCUCGGGUACGUCCUCCUCGGCGCCGCCAUACUGGCCUUCGUCCUGUACAAGAUCUGCUCCAAGAAGAAGCGGAGCAAGCUGGGGCGGAAGGCCAAGCCCGGUGGCAGGGGCAGAAGCGAGAAGCUGGUGGUGUACGAGUUCCAGAGCAACGGCAGCCUCGCCAAGCUCCUGCACGUUGUCAUGUGA